CCCAGCGAUGUCAAAAUUAACCCGGAAGUAAACUCUUUCCAACCCCUUUUUAUAGCCCCGAACCCGUUCCGUUUCCUUUUCCGACAGUCAUCGGACAGAAUGGCGCCGCUGAAGAAAGGAGGUGAGAAGAAGAAGGGCCGCUCAGCCAUUAACGAGGUGGUGACCCGGGAAUACACCAUCAACGUCCACAAGCGGAUCCACGGCAUAUCCUUCAAGAAGCGAGCCCCACGAGCCAUCAAGGAGAUCCGCAAGUUCGCCGCGAAGGAGAUGGGCACGCCCGACGUCCGCAUCGACACCCGUCUGAACAAGGCGGUGUGGGCCAAGGGAGUCAGGAACGUCCCUUACCGCAUGCGGGUGCGCCUGUCGAGGAAACGCAACGAGGACGAAGACUCCCCCAACAAGCUGUACACCCUCGUCACGUACGUUCCGGUCACCACGUACAAAGGCCUGCAGACCGUCAAUGUGGAUGAGAACUGAGGGACGGAGGAUGAGGAAGGUGGAGUGUGAGUGAGUGGGUGGUGAUGGAACCUCAUGAUGAUGAUGAAGACAAAUAAAGGGUGUGAAGUGGUCAACUUGA